UUUCAAUAACCACAUGAUCGCUUUCGCUGUUAGUUAUCUUAUUGUCAUUAUGAUAUAAAGAAUUCAGAAGUCAAAACAUUGAUACUGGGAACAAUACUUGUGAGACAAAGGUGUUGUUAUUAAUCGAUGCAGUAUAAGUUUCUUACCCAGUGAAGAAAUAAUUCAAAAAAUAUUGCGCGGUUCAUCCACAUUCAAUAUCACUAUGGAACCCAGAAAUCCUACAAGUAAAUUGAACCUUCCGCGUCCUCUAACACGUAAAAUAGUCCUGAAGAAGAAAAAGAAUGUGCAAUCGACUGAGGAAUCAAAUGAUAAAGCAGAGGUAUCUUCAUCCAAAGGAGAUGAUUGGGAAAUAUCCGAGUAUACGGAGCAAGAAGAAACUUCUGGGACAAAACAGCGUAAACAAGAAAAACAGGUCAUAUUCAAGGAGGAUGAUAUAGAUGCCAAACCAGACACAACAUCAUGUAGAAGAGAUCCUAAAAUUGUUCGUUCAGAUGAAGAGAUAGAAGAUGUCACUGAAUCAACUCAAGUAUCCUUACCUUUAACAACGAUUUCACCCAUUCUCGCAUUUCUACUAUCGAAAAAAGCAGGAAACGUUCAAGUUUAAAGAGUCAAAAAUGAAAUUAAUAUGAACAUUUCUAAUUGAUGAAACCGAGGAUAUAUUUUUUACAGCAAACUGUUUGUCAUGUUUGACUGCACUAUUUGCAUAUGAAUUUUUACAUGUGUUCCUUUUUCUGUUCAAGAGUUUUACGAUUAAAUAUUGAUGAAGUA